CUUCGUAACCGGACGUGGGAGGAUUUUUAUUUUUAAUCACACACGACGAUGUUUCCGUAGAGUGUGAUCGGCUGUGUACGUGCGUGACGAAAACGAUACGAAAACACGACAAAAUGCCGACCGAGGAGGUGUUGGGUCCGCGGAAGACAAUGCUCAUACUAGUGAUUGUUGUGGGAUGUUUCGCUAUGUUGUGGCCCAGGAUCCUGUCUCCGCUGAUCUUGGGCCACACACGGGAGCAGCUGAAGCCGAACGAGUUCGACCGGGAGGCAGGAUGCUGUGAGGUAAUGUUCGGUACUGAACUGGCAGUACUGGAACUGAUAAACGAGGUUUGCAGCUCAGCAGUCCAUCUACAUAGCGGAAAGCUUUCUGCAAAUGCUGCAGCCGAAUGUAGAAAAGCCGUGAACGAGACCUGUGGUGUUGAUAUAGUAGCAUUCCUCAAACGCAGCGACAACAUAGGAAAAUCUUCUAAGAGUCUUGUUGAAACCAUGAAGAAUAGCAACAGUUCAUGCUUGAAAGAGAAUUUCGGUGUGCCGGUGAUGAAUCUAGGACCACACAUAGCUCUCAACUCAUGGACUUUACAAGACACAAUAAAACAAGAGCGACCUCUGAUCCGCGGGGCAGGUCCUCAUCCGGCUCUCCGCGAGCGUGGUCGAGCGAUCCCACCGGGCACCGCCGCUCCAUCACGGACCAUCACGAUGCCUCCGCACGCAAGGGUACGGUCACCGCUAUCUGUGUACUUUGAACCGGAUAUCAAGCCUCCGCCGAUACCAGGAAUGCGUCCGCCAUUGGGUUCGCCGGGAGGUCCCGUUGCAGCUCCUAAGACUUCGAUGGGCUUUAUAAUGCCAAUAUACACGGUUUGCAUUGUGGUCUUCUUCGUCUACACUCUGAGUAAGAUCUUAUUCAAGCGAGCUGGUACCCCCUAUGAGCCAGUCCGCCCAGACCCUUGCUUCAGGCGGCGCGUAUUCCGUGACGAUUCCAGAACGUCUCCCGAUAAACUUGGACCAAAGGAACGGGACGCAAGGGACGUGGAACUGGAGGCGCUCCGUGCACGUUUGGCCGAAACCGAAAGAACGAUGCAAAGGAUUGUCGGCCAACUAGCGCAACGCGAUGCGGAAGCUGCAGAGAAUCUCUCUCGGUCUUAUACGAAUGGCACCGUCUUGCAUAACGUCGGUCCAGUUCAUAUCGUGACCAGUGAAUAUCGCGAAGCUUCCGAAGAGAGGGAACAAGAACCGUCCCCACUAAAAGAAGCCAGCCCUGAAAGAACACAGACACCGUCGGAACCUCCAAAAUCCGAACCGACAGAUGAUAUUCCCGAACAUGUGCAAUCAGCUGAACCGGCCACUGAUGAAGAUGAUCUGAGAUUAAGUUCACUGCCAAAAGAAUCAGCAUCGGAAAAAGAUGAUACAGUGCAAGAAGAAGUCGACAAAUCAAACGAAACAACGACACUCGUAAAUGAAACUGAUAAAGAUGAAGAAACGCCAGCUAAUGAUGGAAAAACUGAAGUUAUUGAUGAGGUACAAACCGCCGAAAAAGAGCUGAGACCAGAAAUCGAAGUGGAACAGAAAGAAAAUGAUCUAUUGAAAUUGACUGGAAAUGGUCACGUAGUCAAAGAUAAUAUUUCUAAUAUAACACAAGAUUUUCUUAAUGAGGCUAAAACUUUAGAAGAAAACAAAAAGACGGAAGAUCUUCUGGAGGAAGCCAUCAAAGAUGAAUCGGAAGAGGAACAAGACAACGGAAGUGUGAAGGUGGUAGGCAUGGAGCUAACAACACACGUAGCUGACGGUGGAGCGUGGCAUAGGCCUUCGCCUCCGGCGACACCGACUCCGGCGCCUUCGCCCCUAACGCAAGCUCGACCGCAUGAGGCAGAGGAGGUCAAGUCGAUAUAUCUAGAGGCAGAGAUUCCUCAGAAGUCUCGAGUGCUCGUCGCUGACUUUGGCGAGGAUAGACCGGAGGGACAGACGCCGGCCAGCGAUACGAUGGUGGUGAGCGGUAAAAUGACUCUCUCUCUGAUACAAGACGAGCCGAGAGAGACGCCGGAAAGGGAUCCAGAAUCAACAGUGGAUGAGUUCACGACGGCUAGCGCGGUUACGCAGCCGGCUCCCGAGAACCAACCCGAAGAAGAUUCAGACGAGGAAGAAAUCGAAGAAGAGAUAGAAAUAGAAGAGAUCGAGGAGGAAGUGGAAGAGGAAGAGUUGGAUGAAAACGAAUUAGUUCCGGCGAAAUUGGAGAAUGGGCCAAAACAUACCGAAUAAAGAUGUCGCAAGCGAUGUUUAUCCGGAACCCCUAAAGUCGCUUCUCUUUGUGAUCUGAUCAUAUUGGCUAUGGUAUUGCGAUGAUGCACAGAUUAGCCAAUGGAGAAAGUUUAUUGUUUUUAGUAAAAACACCAAGACAUAAAGAACUAUUUAUUGACUUACAAAAUGAAAAGAAUGAAGCGGUUUUAAGGGUUGGAAUAUUGUAAAAUGUUCAUAAUUGAAUAACAAAUAAACAGUAAUCUGUCUUCUUCUUUUAUGUACAAAUGUGGCAAGCGAAAAAGCGACAGAGAAUCCAGUCCAAUACAUUAUCUAUGUUCUUGCUCUUCGUAAUGCCUCUCUCAAAAAAUAAUAAAACAUCCAUUUGAAUAUUUAUUUAAAUAAAAUUGUACUUGAGCUAUAUUAUUUUCAUUUCAUUCUCAAAUGUUUCGAAAAGAAUUUAAGAACUGAAUAGAAGAUACAUGCGUAUAUUGUGAUAACAUUAAAGUGACAUUGAUUAUCUAUGGUCUUUCUGUAGUAUCUAGUAUUUCCAUAAACAAUUUAAUUAAUUAUUGUGUGUGUGUGUGUAUUUUUUAUUUUCGAUUUGAACGUAUUUUUAGACGAAGAUAUUAUAAGAUUAAAAUAUAUAAGAUGAGUUGUUUAACGGAUAAUAGUUUUAUUGUAACAGUACCAUUUUUUAUUCGUGCUUAAUAUUCUAAAGAACAAUGCUAUGGGAAGUUAGUCGCAUUAUGGUUUCAUAUUUAUUUUUCAAUGUUGCAGAUUGAUUUUAAUCGUUAAAAUAAUUUAAGCAUUGACGCAUAUAUUGUUAUGGAAAAGAUGGUAUUUGAUGAC